AUCAAAUUUAUCUAAAGAGCCUACCGCUAAGUCAGCAGGCAUUAGUUCAACUGGAAAAGCCAUUAAUUCUGUUGAAACAAUGAAGGUGGAUCGAUUUAAACACAAACAACGACGAACUAGAAGUGGAAGGAAGGUUGCAGAUUAUCAUGAACCGACUUCUUCAUCAGAGGAAGAUGAAUACUUUUUAAGUAAUAACAAAGAUGUUAAUGACCGUACGCGAGGGAAGAAAGUGUCGAAAUGUGACCAGCGAUCAAGAAUUCCAAGUACUCAAAGUACUUCUGAAUAUAUCAACGAACAAUUCCACGUACCAGAAAAUAUGUCUUCUUCAGAUGGUGAACAAGAGAGUUUACAAGAACAUAAUCUUGGGUUUCCUAUAUUUACUAAAGAAUUUCUAGCUUAUGAUAACGAACAACGUCGCCAACAAGAAAAACUUGAACAAAAAAAGAAAUCCACAGAUAUAUUUAUCGAAUCUCUUCGUAUAAAAGUGCAUGCCCUGAGAGCAGAUGAUGAUAGAAUCCUUCGGGAGAACCAAGAACUUGAAGAAUUAAAUACUCAAAAACUUGAAUCCUUUGAAAAAAUUAAGAUGUCAUUGAUUCAAUUAGAAAGAGAAAUCGGCCCGACUGUAAGAUCUUCUGGAGUGAAAUUGGACGACGCUGAAAAUAUGAUUGCUUAUAUUAACGAUUUUCGAAAAAGAGUUGUUGGUGGAUGUCUCUUACAACCUUAG